AUGGGGCGCGCCAGCCAAGCCGCGGACAGUCGAACAGAGGCGGACUACAUGACCAUGCGGAGCCGCGCGAUCCAGCCGAAAGAGGCGAGGCUGGCUGCACUCGCAUCGACUCGGGAUGAACAGCUGGCGGAUCUGCUGGUCGCGGUGCAGGACAAGGGGCGAUCUGUCGAGUUUGAGGCUGGCUUGAGAGGGCGGAAACGGCGAAAGCUGGCAGGCGGUCCUGAUCGCGGCGAAGGGGUGACCCAGGGGCUCGAGCAGUUCAAGCAACGCUUCAGCGAUGCCAAAAGUCUCCAGCAACUCGACCUCUCCCUUGCGCCUCUCUCUCCCAGCCCUCCUCCUCCUUCGCGGACGACCACCGCACGGCAAGCAGUCCCCGUAACGCCGGCCAAACCUCCGCUCAGUAGCGAUGUCGUGAACGAUUCGGAAGAAGAUGCGGAAGGCGAGGAGGAAGAGGACGAGGAGAUGGCCGUUGCCGAGGCUCUCGCGCCCCCAGGCGUGUCAGUCACGACGUCAGGUGCAUCAAACGGUACUGCUGCACGAGCAGGAACAGAUACCGCCGCGACGACGCCGCAACCGCAGAUCUCCCUUACCGCUCCAUCCGCACCUGCUUCCACCGCCGUCUCGCCUUCGCCUACACCCUCGACGUCCCAACAACCAGCAACUGUCUCUCCCUACCUUCUGCAAGGUACGCAGCAGGGUCAUGCCGCAACGACUCCACCAGUAGCUGGCCCUGCUCGACCUCCCUUCGUCCCUGUCCCGCCUUACACGUCACUCUUCGGUAUCGAGGAGAUCUCCUCCGACUACGCAUCGACUCUCCCUCCCGUUCGUCACGACAUCCUCCGCCGGCGCCUCAACACGUCCCUCCUUCUCCGCUCAAACAACAAGAAGGCGUCGAAGUCGACCGCACCCUCCUCGUCCUCUCAGCUCAUCCAGCCCGACCUGUACAAGCUCCACGUCCGCGCCCAGCACAUGGGCGCAAAGACGUUCCUCGGCCCCGGCAAGCGCGUGCACAACGCGCUCACGACGCACGAAUGGCAGGUCGGGACGGACGAGAUGAGGUCCAUCCGGGCGUUUGAGCGGAUUGAGCAGCUCAAGGCGGAGAGGAAGUGGAGUUUUAGGCAGCCGAAGAAGCAGCGGACGGGAGUUGUGCCGAAAGCGCACUGGGAUCAUGUCCUUGACGAGAUGCGAUGGAUGCAGAUCGACUUCCGCCAGGAGACGCGCUGGAAGGUCGUGACAGCGUACAAGCUCGCUCGCGCAUGUCGCGCCUAUGUCCGAGCGUCAGAGGACGAUCGACCGGCGCUGCGAGUGCAGGUACGGGAACCGCGGCGACUGAGCGACGAGGAGGUCGAGGCGCGUUUGCGGGGAGAGAUGCCGGAGAAGGAGAAGAUGGAGGUUGAGGCGGAUGACGAGGACGCGGAGGAGGAGAAAGCGAAGAAGGCGGACAAGGGGAAGGGAAAGGAGCGCGAGAUGUCGGAGGACGUGGAUGCGGAUGGCGAGGAGGAUGCGGACGGCGAGGCGGACGAUGCGACACCAGCCCCCGCGCAGGCUACGGCUGCGACCUCGUCCGGCAACUCGACGACGAAGUCGACUCCGGCAAACCCGGUCGUUCCUGUCGCGAAUGCGCCGCCGGGAGCAGGCAAAGCUGGCGGGAGUGCCGGUAACGAGGCGACGCCUGCGCCGUCGACUUCUGGCAUGUCUCGCUCGCAGGCUCAGCAGCUCGCGGCGGAACGAGCAGAUGCCCAAGCCCGACACGUCCAAAACCUCAUCACCUUCCGUCGACCAAUCUUCGACGCGCCGCACGACGACACCAUUGUCGACCCGCUCUUCCUCGCCGCGUUGCAGGAAGCUGCAGUUGAGGCGGCGAGCUUGCCUCUCGACGAGAAUCCCUUCCUCGCAUACGACUUCACCAACCUCUUCCCCGACCUUCCGCUCUACUCCGACUUUACCGUCGCGAGUGACCCUUCACUCGACCGCCGCGUCGAGGACUCGUCCGCAUGGGCAGGUCGACUCGCGCACGUCACUCGCCUGCUCGAGAGUAAGCCGCUCCUUGUCGGCACCCUCGAGCCGAGCAAGACCCGGGUCGACAAGCAGCACUGGGCUCCUGGCACCGGCACCUUCAUCGAGGACAUCAAGGAGCCGAUUGACCCCCGCGAGACGGCGCCGACAUCGGCAUCCGCCCUUUUCGCCGGCCGCAGACCGAAAGACGCUGUCCUCGGGGACGUCCUGCAGAAGCCGGCCGAGCUGCCGAACGCAGAGCUGCGCGCAACUACGCUCCUCUGGCUGCCCGAGGAAGACGCGAUGCUUCUCGCGCUACAGAAGCAGUACGGGUUCAACUGGAACCUCAUCUCGCACGUCUUUAAUCUGGCCACGCACCGCCCUGCGCCAGACCGCCGCGAAGCCUGGGACGUCUACGAUCGGUGGGACAGGCUCGUCGGACCUGGCAGCAAGAAGACCUUGCCUGACGGUACCGAGAUCGUUCGCCCGCCGCCCGACUGGAUGCCGCCCGUCGACAAGACCGGCAAGCCCCUCCCGAUUAUCGGCGACGGCAGCAAGAAGAAGGCGCGGCAUGCGGCGAUCAUGGAGGCGAUGAAGCGGGCGCAGAAGAAGCGUGAGCUGGCGGCGAGCAAGCAGAACACCGGCGGUUUCCCUCGACGAGUUAACAUGGGCAUGCACGAGUCGCACAACCUGCCGCCUCGCCCGACCUGGUCGCCGAUGGAAUGGUCCGUCUUCCGCGCCGAGCAGGACCAGCAGAAGAUCCGCCUUCGUCAGCAGCAAGCCGCUGCGCAAGCCGCCGCUCAGCAGCAGCAGCAACAACGUCUCCAGCAGCAAGGUCCGCCCGGUCAACAGGGUCGUCACCCUCAGCUUAUGGCCGCCCAAGCGGCCGCGCACGCCUCGCCGAACGGCACUCCAGCCGCGCUCCCCGGCUCGCCGUCUGCCGCGCACGCUCAGCUCGGAGUCAACGGCACGCCGCCUAUCCAGAUGCAGCAGCUCCCGAAUGGCCAGACACCGCAGCUCACGCCCGAACAGCUGCAAAUGCUCCAGCAGCGGCAGCGUGAGCUGCUUCAGGCGCAGGCUCAGGCAGCGGCAGCUCAGCAAGCAGCAGCGCGAGCCGCUCAGGCGCAGGCGCAACAGAUUAACGGAGGUGCGGAAUGA